AUGGACCCUGGGGAGCUCGAGCAGGAUGUGAAGCUUUACCGCACGUCGCCGGAGCUUCUGGGCGACUUCAAAACCUCACUCGAGCCCUUUCUCUGGAAAACCUCAAAAUCCGGCAAGCGAUUGAUCCGAUCGAGAGUCCGCAUUCGGGACACAGACAGGCUUGUCGCCCUGCUGGAACCUCAUCAAGACAACCCCCAACUCCUCGAUCCCCAUCUCAACGACUUCGUACCUAGGCUCCGCGACGCGUUUAUUGCCUUCCUCCGAUCCAGGCCUGCCAGACCUGCAGCGGCGCUGCACCCGAAGCUGCUGAUACCGCUUUCGAGGGCCAUCUGCAGACUGCUCUACACCCUUUGCAAGAUCAGAGGGGAGAAAGUUAUUGUUCAGUUCCUAAGCACAGAUACAGGGCACAUCGAGUUAUUACUGUCCGCGCUCGAGAAUGAAAGUCCCUCCGAUCAUAGACUGUCAAAUCGCCAGACGGAAUAUCAGCAAGAUGGAGCCGCUUCAGUCGUUGAUGCAAGGAGUCAAUACGGCGAUAGCAGCCCUGUCAAUCCCAUCGUUGCGGUCGAGGAUACAUGGGGAUGGGAGGAACGGUACAUCACGCUUCUCUGGCUCUCGCUCCUAAUAAUGAAUCCUUUCGACCUCGACUCAAUAUCCUCGGGGGCCACGACGAAUGAGGUGCAAAACAGCAUACCCAACCUGACAUUACCUCCAGGUAUUCCAGGGAUCCCAUUGCGGAUCAUUCCAUUGGCUAUUCACUAUCUUGCAUCUCCGGCCAAAGAAAGUGCUGCCGCAAAGACUCUUCUUGUGCGGGUUGCAAGACGCAAGGACAUGCAAGAAAAUGGCGUCUCCCAUUCCCUGACGCAGUGGGCAAUUUCCUCUCUACAGGUAUCUUCCAAUCUAGCAGAGUCGGAUCACUUCUAUGUUGGUAUCCUCUCUUUUCUCGCUGGCCUCCUCGGUUCAUCCGUCAAUACAUCAGAUAUGGAUCCCUACCUGUGGGAUAUUCAUCAAAUCUUCCAGGAAACUUCAGCCGACCAAGCAGCUUUCAUGAAAAGGAUUCACGCUUCGUCCCUCGCUCGUAAGAUAACGAUCAAAGUCCAGCGCAGUCUGUGUGCGCUCGUACUGCGCAACCCAUCCAUCAGAGAUUCGGAUGACAUGUUGAAUAGUAUCAUCGGCUUUACUCUGGACUCGCUUGGCGAUGCUUUUACUCCAGUGCGGCUUGCGUCUAGCAAGGCUCUGAGUGUGCUUGCAUCGAAGAUGCCUCCCGAAAUGGCUGAGGAAAUUAUUGACGAGGUCCUCGCUGCUCUUAAGAAGGGUAGACUCAUGGUGGGUAAUGGACUGCAGGUAGAGCGCUAUGAUUUAUCGGGCAUAAAUCCGCCAGAAUGGCACGGCCUCAUCCUCACGCUUUCACAUCUCUUAUAUCGUCGUUCUCCACCUCCCAACACUCUGUCUGGUAUUAUUUCUGCACUUCUACUUGGCCUUUCUUUCGAAAGGAGAUCCUCUUCGGGCAGUUCUAUUGGGUCGAAUGUUCGAGAUGCCGCAUGUUUUGGGAUUUGGUCUCUUGCUCGUAGGUACACCACUGAUGAAUUAGAAGCAGUCAUACCUGACUCAUCUCUCAUCAACGGUUGGCAUGGUCAAUCUUCUAUUAUACAGAUCAUGGCAUCAGAGCUUAUUGUUUCUGCUUCUCUGGAUCCAGAACGGAAUAUCCGACGUGGAUGUUCCGCCGCGCUACAAGAGCUUAUCGGACGCCACCCAGACACUGUCGCCGAGGGGCUAGCAAUUGUGCAAACGGUUGAUUAUCAUGCUGUUCCACUCCGGUCUAACGCCGUGCUACAUGUCGCUCGGGAAGCUGCCCGGCUAUCGAAGUCGUACUGGCUGGGAAUAUCUCAUAGCCUUCUCGGAUGGCGUGGUGUGGGGGAUCCAGAUCCCUCUGCUCGGAGAAUUGCUGCUACUGCAUUUGGCAACAUAUUUUGGAUUAAGUUGCAAAAAUCUGACCAUGUCUCUCCCUGGGCUCAGUUUCACGACGUUGCGCAUGAGCUCAGAGAUCGAAUACAGAAACUAAAGCUACGCGAGGUUCAUGAGCGUCAUGGUCUAUUGCUUUGCAUGGCAUCUGCUGUCGACCGUAUGAAGCAUUACCCCCUCGACAAAAACAGUUCCGGGAGUGGUGUUGCGGAUAUCCUAGAUUUUGUUGAGUUGACGUUAAAAGAUGCUCAGACUAGUACCUAUCGACGCCCGGAUCUUAUUGCGGAGGCUACUAGUCGCCUUAUUCAGGCAACCUGCUCUCUCCUUGGGGUUGGUGUCGUUGCGAGAAAGCCGUUUGAAACAUCAAAUACGGAGCCCAUUGAAGACAGCUCGAGUUUUAUCCUUGGCUCUACUACUUCUGCAUCCCCAUUUGAUAUGCUCGGUGUAUUGACUUCUACUGAAGGUAGUGCUGCCAUAUACCAAGCACACACAUCCCAGAUUGAUGAGAUCUUCGGGUUGGCCAAACCUCUCCUUUCCCAAUGGCUUCGAUGGAGCGAGCCUGAAGUUAUCGAAGCUGCGUCUGACGCUACUGUGAAUCUCCUCGUCUUGCUCAGCAAAAGUCAACGACAAAAUAUGAUCUAUGACUUAAUUAAUGUCAUUGCUGAUGGUCAAGGUCGCAGAACGAGCCAAGACAAAGGGGUCUUGUCUGUACUUUUCAUAGUGUUCCCUAUCGCUGACUCACUGCAACCGGCCAUUAUUCAGGCUGUACGUGCCUAUUGGACCACAGCUCAUGAUAUCGACAGCCGUGUCGCCUUCCUCCAAUGCCUAACAAAGAGUAGCUUUGCGUCGAGUAUGGACUUUGCUCAUAUCAUCUCCGAAGGUUUAGAUGAUUAUACAACUAAUGCACGUGGCGAUGUUGGUUCGCUGGUUCGUAUCGAGGCUAUCAAAGCAGCAGGUGCCAUCUGGAAAGAUGCCAAAAAGGUGGAAUCCUGGCAUGAGUCAGAAUACUCUGUCUUCAGCGAGUUAUUUGGCAAGGUUCUAAGGUUGGCCUGUGAGAAAUUAGACAAAGUUCGAAUCGAGGCCCAGAGGUCUAUUGGAUAUCUUGUCUCUGCAAAGCAUCUGCUAUUUUCGGGGGAUCGUGAAUCACUGAAUCAGAUGAACCCGUCAUCGAGAGAGUACUUUUCCUUUUUUCUGAACAUGGAGACCCGUGCUAGCCUAGCUAGUAGGAAAUAUGAAGAUCACUGGCGCCUCGAGAUGUUUGAAGGCUAUGUGAUCUCAGCUGAUACCGGGUCUGAAGAUAUUAUUCGUGCCAGCCGUUCUGCAUUGGCCGAGUAUUGCGAAAGUGAGAAUGCGGAUCUUGUCUGCAGUACAUUGUUUCUAGUCCUCAAACGAAACCUGAAGAACGAUCGUGUUCUCGUUCCAACUCUAGAGGCCAUUGCCUUUCUAUUCGAUAUUCGGAUUAUGCAAAAGAGCUCCACUAACUGGCGUGAACUUUAUCGGCUGGUGCAAAAUGCCCACUACAAAACAGGAAAUACCAGAAAACUAGAAGCGGCUGUUAGAGUUUAUGGAGGCCUUGUUGAGGUCUAUCCAGAAGCCUUGGAUAAGUUGACGAAAAUGCUUCUACAUCCAAUUCCAACACUCAGGAAUAAGGUUGCUGAUACCUUGUUUACGGUGAGGGGUGUCGGAAAGGGUGUUAAUUGGCUCAGAGCUAGGAAGGAGGAUUUGAGGGAGUUGCAAGAGGAGUUAGGUAUCCAGAUAGCGACAUGA